UGAGAAUUAAUUUCCUUUAAAUUAAUUAUUUCUUGAUUUGCACGUUGUCGAUGUGUGAAGGUGGCAGCCAAUGAGCGAAGCCCUGGGCGGAGAACAGAGCAGCCGCUGAGCAUGGAGCUCACUGAGGACACUGAUGCAGACACACACACACACACACCGAGAAUCUCUCUCUCUCUGUCUCUCUCUCUCUCUCCCCCUACCCCCCCUCCCUCUCUCUGGACUUUAUGAUCAACAAUCAUCUGCCUGUCUUUCCUGAACACCUGCACCAGGGAUACAGUUUGAUAUUACAAAUGAAAUCUACAGAAGUGGAUCCGGGGUUAUUCACUGACAGCUACUGCAAAGUGUGCAGUGCUCAGCUUAUCUCUGAGUCACAGAGAGUCGCCCACUAUGAGAGUCGAAAGCAUGCAAACAAAGUUCGUCUGUAUUACAUGUUGCACCCGGUGGAUGGUGGCUGUCCUGCAAAGAAGCUUCGAACAGAUGAUGGCAGUGCGGAGGGAGACGUGGACAAGAACAAGUGCUGCACGCUGUGCAAUAUGUCGUUCACUUCGGCGGUGGUGGCCCAGUCGCACUACCAGGGCAAGAUCCACGCCAAGAGACUCAGGCUCCUGCUGGGAGAGCCACCUGCCAUCACAUCUAAAGAGGCGACAGCCAGUUCAGAGCAUAUGGUGACUGAAGACUCGGCGGGAAAUCCUUCUAUACAUGGCAAGCUCUCACACCGCUACUGCCAAAUGUGUAAGGCCUGGUUCAACAACCCCGGCAUGGCCAGACAGCACUACGACGGCAAGAAGCACAAAAAAAACGCAGCCCAAGCCAACCUCCUCGCACAGCUGGGUAAAAGUCUGGAGGAUGGAGAUGAAUUGAACGGCCUGAAGCGGAGUCACACAUGUGAGGUCUGCAGUGUUACGCUCAACUCCGUGGCACAAUACCACGCACAUCUGCAGGGCUCCAAACACCAGAACAAAUUAAAAACCGAGGAUCAUUCAGAAGGUCCAGACAAUGCUUGAAGAACAAAUGAAGUUUGAUGGAGCUCCCCUAUUUCAUCUCUACUCCUGAAACUAUUUGAGGAUUGGUCCGUGGAAGUCAUUGUGCCGUGACAGUGAUGUGGACACUACCAGUGCAGACAGAGACCUGGACUCUGAUGAUGGAUUAUGGAGUGCAUUUAGCUAAAUUUGUACAUAAAAGGAAAAAAAAAACAAGAUUACAUCCUGAACACUUUAAAGUAUAUAUUUAAGGCAUGUCAACAAUUAUGGCUUUUCUAUUUUAAUGUGGUGUGAUUAAAAAUAUUAUGAUUGUAUUCAUAUUUUAAUUCAAUUUUAAUUUGUGUGUGUGUGUGUGUGUGUAU